AUGGCAGACGAAACCCUUGAUUAUAAGCCUGUUCCUGAAUCUCUAUCUGGUGCUCCAGCAGCGGCCCCUGCUAAGCAAUCAGUGCGCUCCUUUAAGAAAAAAUAUGCCAAAUUGAAGGUAAAAUUUGAACUUGGAAUUCGGGAAAAUGAAAGUCUCAUUCACGAGGAGUUGCGUAUCGAGGAUCUCUCUAAGCGCAUCCAAGAACAGAAUGACCAAUUGCUGGAAGUCCUCCUUGAGUUUAACGAGAGUCUCCAUGUUCCCCCGGCUUUCCGGUUUGACUUGAACAUACCUGAUGACGCCCCUUUCCUUCCAUCCUCAGAGCAAGAGAUUACGCCCCUGAUCCACGAUGCGACCCUUGCUAGAACAGCUUUGCAGGAAGCAAAAUCCGAGUUGGCGAAUGGAAACUUCUCAACAAGCGCCUAUCGCCAAGUGGAAGGGAGCAUCAAACGGAACAAGGAGUUCGCCCCCGCCCACCAAUACAGCAAACUGAGCCAGUUCCCUCACACGAGCGCGACAGCUCCUGAGCAGGCCAAGGGGAUCGAUGGCGUGGAACGCAAACUAGGGUAUUUCAACCCUGAGCAUGAAACAGAAUACUACCUGGCCCUGGAUGCCAAGCUGGGUGACGAGGCUGCGGCUGUGCAGCUUCAGCGCAUCCCAGAUCCACCCACGUUUGCUGAACGAGAACGAGAGGCGAUAAUCCGAAAUCCCGCGUCGGUCUAUAACUGGCUGCGACGUAAUCAACCGCAAACUCUGCAAGAACACGAAGUCGCCUCUGAGAAGUCAGUUUCUCGGCCUACAAACCAGCGAGCAUCCAAGCGGGGACCUACCUCGCGCAAGGACGAUGAAACAUUGGAUGAAGACGGGAUGGAUGUCGAGCCUACUCCCAAAAAUAAACGCAAACGUGACGAUGAUACUGGAUAUCGGCCAAAGGGAGGUAGUAGCCGCCCGAAGAAGAAGAAGGAUGAGCCGAGUGCUGCGGCCAAUCGCAGUGCUAAGAAGACUUAA